AUGCUUGAAGACGUUAUCAGACCUAAAUUUCCACCCACCUUAACUAAGGACGUUAUCCUCGAAAGAUUACGUAAGGCCAACAAACCUACCGCAAAAAUAAACGCUUUUAUUGUGUAUAGAAUGGAAUUACAAGAAGAGUAUCUUCGUAACAACAAAAAAUUACGUAUGCCCAUCAUGUCCUCGAUCGCAAGUAUUUCUUGGAAAGGAGAAUCUCCACAAACGAAAGCCUUUUAUAAACAACUAGCAGAUGAUGCUAAAUCUCUGUAUAAACCAAAAUAUUUACCCGUCGUAGAGUAUAAACAUAAAGAGAAGAUUGAAAAUGAUCAAAAAAGCGGAAAAGUUUUACCUACAGGUGUAAUUUGUGAUGCAGACUCUGAUGAUGUCGAACAAACCGUAGUGGAUCAGAAUUCGACUAGUGGUGAAGGUUCCCCUAAAUUUUAUGAACAUUCAGGGACGAGUUCAGCUGAUAUAGAAUUAUUUGGCAUGCUUGAUUCGUAG